UGGAGGACCACAUGACGGGGCACAACAAGGAGAAGCAUUAUGAGUGCGACGUGUGUGGCAAGUCCUGCCAGUACCCGAGCCAGCUGGAGGCCCACCGGCGGGUACACACAGGCGAGAAGCCCUUUGGCUGCGCCGACUGUGACAAGGCCUACAAAACGACGACUGAGCUGAAGAUCCACCGGCGGAUGCACACGGGCGAGAAACCCUAUGGCUGCUCCACCUGCGGCAAGAGCUUUGCCCGAUUGUCGGUGCUGCAGGUGCACUGGCGAGUGCACACGGGCGAGAAGCCUUAUGGCUGCCCCACCUGCGGCAAGAGUUUUGCCCAGUUGACGGGUCUGCGGCUGCACGAGCAGGUGCACACGGGCGAGAAGCCUUAUGACUGCUCCACCUGUGGCAAGGGCUUUGCCCAGUUGUCGGGGCUGCGGAUGCAUCAGCAGUUGCACAGCAGCGAGCGGCCCUUCACUUGCUCCGACUGCGGCAAAGGCUUCAAGUCGUCCCCACAACUAAAGGUGCACAGGCGCGUGCACACCGGGGAGUGGCCUUACACCUGCAGCGACCUGCGGCAAGGGCUUCAUCUGCUCAAAAAACCUGCUCGAGCACCAGCAUACCCACACCGGCGAGCGCCCCUUCACCUGCGCCGAGUGCGGCAAGGGCUUCACCCGCCCCACCUAUCUUCUGUCCCACCAGCAGGUGCACACCGGCGACCGUCUCUUCCCCAGCCCGCUGUAUGGAGAGCGCUUUGCCAUGGCCUCCCACGCCUUGCCUCACCAGCGCAUGCACACCAGUGGCCAGCCCUACGACUGCCCGUACUGCGGUGAGAAGUUUGACAGCUCGCGGGGGUUGCGGCAACACCGGCGGGCCCACGUCGGCGAGCGGCUGCUCCCACAGCGGCAAGCGUUUCAAGAGCGCACGGGAGCUGAGGGAACACCAGAGGAUACACACCAGAGAGAGACCCUUUGUGUGCGCUGAGUGUGGCAAGGGUUUCACCCGCAUGUCAAGCCUGUGGCAGCACUGGCGUACCCACAGCAGUGAGCGUCCCUUCCCCUGCCCGUCCUGUGGCAAGGACUUCACCCGCCUUGACCACCAGCUAGAGCACCGGUGAAUCCACACUGGCCAACGCCCUUUACUAGCCCACUCUGUGGCAAGGCCUUUACCCGCUCCUCCAGACUGCUGGCACACUGCGACGUGGAUAGGCACUGUUUAGGUAGACACAAAAUGCUGGAAGGAAUGGGUAACGCUUCGGGUCGAGACCCUCUUCAGUCUCGACCCGAAAUGUCAUCCAUUCCUUCUCUCUACAG